AUGGAAAAGUUUGUUUUACAACUGGCCGUGAUGUGUUGCAUAGCAACGCGGGCAAUCUCCAUGACAACAGUGUAUAUGGAUGACCACUGUAAUAAGACGUUUAUAGUGGAUGAUUCUGUGAGGAUCGUGUCCUCUAGAGGUGACUACUUGAGGGCGAGGACGUCAUGUAACAUCUUCCUCAUGUCUAACAGCAAGGAGACGAACGAGCUCGUCCACAUACGCACCUUUAAUAUCACAUGUGCCCAAGGUUUUCUGACGCUUUACGACGGAAAGGGGAUUGUACCCAAUAAUAUAGUAGCACUUGGGCUUUGUGGUCAAAAGUCGAGACUUCCGCUGACGGUGUUCAAUUCAACACUUCACGGAUUUACACUCGCGUUAACUACAGAUAACUGGAACUUCCAUGGCGGAUUUGAUAUACUGGUGACUUCAUAUUUCAAAGAUGGUCCAUGCUCUGUACGUGAGUACGAAUGUUCCAAUAAAUGGUGUAUCGCCCGGAACCUCCACUGUGAUGGCUAUGACAACUGCGGUAACGCUAGUGACGAAACGCACUGCUCCGGCGGUGGUGCUCGACAUUCAAGUUCGUCAUAUCUUAUAAUGACGGUAUUCCUGUUCUUAUUCAGUAUCUCCCAAAAGCUACGAACAUAA